GUGCUUCGCUCUGAUAGUGUUUCAUUCUUCGAUUUCCCUGUUGUUCAUGGUGCUGAGAAAUAUGGUUAGGGACUCGAAUAAGCUCGUUGCCAUUACCAAAACCAUAGAGGCUAUAGGAGCUGGAUUCCAAGCCUCCGACAGACGCUUUACAACAGGUCAAACAAAAGCAUACCAACGCCAGGCGAUAGAACUUGUCCGAGCUGCCCACUACCUAUUCCAAACAAUCCCAAGCUACCAACCUACGGAGAAUGAAGAAAAGCUCUACGAGCAGGCUUGGUUAUCUCUUGAGAACAAUCCAGUAACCCCAAGUGCACUGAGAAAACGUCUCAUUUUGAUCUUCAAAGGCCCCGAGAGGUCCGGUUUCGACUCCGACCAAGCCAAAGCGAGGAAGCUCCGUCUCACGGAACGUUGCAAGACAGUCCGCAAUAUGCCACCUCAGGUUGUCUUGUGGUGGGCGAAAGCAUAUCCCGCUUCUAUGUGGGAAGUAAGCCAGAUGUCUGAUGCUACGUUCGACUACCUCGUGGACAAAAUGAGUUCACAGAGAGUUCAAGCCUCAGAUUCAGACCACAAUAGUCUACGUGCUUUCGCGUCUGAGGAACCGCUUGAUUCAUGUCAAGAAUACUGCGAUUUCAUCCAAGCUUUUCACGCUGCGACAUAUCAACUCUCUCAAUCCUCUACAGGUAAGAAGAUCUGCGAUACAUGCUCGAGCAGCAAUUCAUAAGCAAACAGAGUUGGAACUCCCAUUGCCCUUGGAUAGUGCUAGCAUGGGAACACGGCCGGUACAAGUUGGUUCAGAACACCUUCAUGGUAGAGUUUACAAUCUCUCGAUCCCAGAUCUCCAGCUUGUGGGUGUCUCCGACAAUGUCCGUGGGGGGCCAUGGUUGACAGAUCCAUACGAUGUGAACAAUUUCCCUUUUGUCACUGUUCAAAUUUCGAGGGAGCUCGGCGGCAUUUAUGCAACUCAGAGACCUCAGCAAAUGUGAAUGCCGCCACAGCCAAUUUACGCUGUCAUGCUUGUUCUUCGCCCUUUAUAUAUCCAAUCCGAACAGAUCCAAUGUAGUAAAACCACCAAUUACUCUUCCAUCUCACCAUGACAAUGCUCGCCU